GGUCGCUGCCGCCGAAUGUGUGGCCGGACAGGGCCGGCACCAUGGGGAGCGCGUAGGGGAAGUCCGGCGGCAAGCGGUCGGCGUACCACACCCGACCGGUCCGGGUGUUCCUCGACAUCCACUUCAUCAACAAGCUGGAGAGGUUCGUCUUCGUCUUCGUCUCGUUUCAUCAUCAGAGGCCGAUUCAGGAGUUGCCGCAGUUGAAGAAAAGAUAGAUCAAGACGAGAGCUACAAUAUGCCUGGUACAAUGGAAAAUUUGCUAAUGUUUUAUGGUGACAUCAUACGCGAGGGCCCUUAUGGGCUUGAUGUCUCGAGGUGCACAAGCAAGAGAGUUUUUGUGAAAGACAUGGUCAACAGUGGGUUCAUGGACGUUAAAAGAUGCAUCCAAGCCGAGUUUGGUCCUGAGACGGUUGGAAAGAAUAUGAUUGUCGAAGCUUGCGUCGUCGUAGGUAGGGUUGAUGGGACCCCUGCCCGUUGGGGCUUGAGGCAGGUGAGAGGCGACCUAUCUUGGGGUAGUUACAUGAGGUUUGCAACCACACCUGGUAACUCUAUGUAUGGACGGCCAAUGGUGUAUGUGCGGUUUGUUCAUGCUGGUGUGCUCCGGUUAACUACCACGGGAGGCGCUCACACCCAAUCAGUGGCGCCGAUGGGGGGCAACCAUGUCCGUGAAGAAGGUGUGGUUGUUCCAACCGUGAAUCCCGGACCAUAUCCGUCGGUAGUCGUUGACCUCAACGAAUCCGUGGAGGUACUGUCAGACGAGCUAGAUCAUGGCGAUUAUGCCAGUGGAUCAUCAGAUGAUAGCGACGACGACGAAGGAGGUGAUCCUUCUCAGCCUCUUGCCAUUCAGCAGAGGGCCGUGGUGCCCUCAACGGAGAGAUGGACGGAUAGUGACAUAGCCCGUCAUGAUGCCAUGAUUAGAGACAUGCAGGGGCUCCUUGAGAUUGUGUUGGAAGGCCUUCGGAUGGUACCCCCUCUCCCACAUAGCGAAAAGGCAAUAUUAAUACGAAUUUAUCAACGUGUCAAGGAGUUUAUUGAGCUCUGCAGUGGCGCUCGAAUUAAUGGCAUUGUAUGGUCGGCACUACCAGGCAGGGCGCGUCCAAGCCUCACCACUUCAAUGGAUCAUGAGACCGGGACGCGCCAGGACUCAGUGCUAUUGCGUAUGCCAGCCAGCACUCCCUUGCAGCGCUCUCAGUUCAGCGGUUCACAGCCAGAACGUCAGUUCUUCGGCUCCGGAGCGAUGGAGGUAGAUAAUCCAUCCCCCGAGACCAGCCCUGGUAGAGGACCUACAGGGCAAUUCUCGUACGAUCAAGGCGAGGGUUCUGACGGCGAAGAAUCCACAGAUGAAGAAGAGUGUGAUGGCCGUGAUUAACCGGAUCUUCUUCACACGGCGGACGUUCAGCGGGAGAUGGGCGAGGGUAUGCUCUUCACAGCAGCACGAGCAGCCCCGAGGAUCUCCUACUAGUACCCUGGAACUUCGCAGGGCCGUGUGGCUCCUUGAUCCGUGGACAAUGUAACGAGCACUACGACAUAUUUCAGAGCUUGUUAAGCUACCAAGUACCUUCGAUUUCCACUCCGUAAUCGUUUUUACGUCCGAUU